UGAAGGUCCUGCAGUAGCACUUUGACCACGCUGCCAUCGACAUUCGUCGCCGCACCGCACCGCAUAGCACCGCACACUGUUUGAUUGUGGUCAGUUAGUUGAGAGGCUUAAAAUACUACAAACAGAAAAAUCAAAAACAAAAGAAAAAGAAAAACAUGACUAAGAGUUUAAUUUUCAUCCGAAACGUGGCCUUAUUCCUGCUCACUCUGCCACAAUUCAGUCGGGGCUUACGCUAUUCAGCCCACGGCAAUGGCGACGAAAAUUGCGAAACCCUUCAGUCGGAAAUCCAUAUCAUCAAAGAGGAAUUCGAUGAGCUCGGCCGGAUGCAGCGGACCUGCAACGCUGACAUAAUGGUCAACAAAUGCGAGGGCUUGUGCAACAGUCAAGUGCAGCCAUCUGUAAUCACGCCCACGGGCUUUUUGAAGGAGUGCUAUUGCUGUCGUGAAAGCUAUUUGAAGGAGAAAGUCAUCACCCUUAACCAUUGCUAUGAUCCCGAUGGCACUCGACUCAAUGAUCCCGAAAUGGGCAAAAUGGAUGUCCUUUUGAGAGAGCCCACCGACUGCAAGUGCUUCAAAUGCGGUGACUUCACCAGAUAAUUGAAUUUGUUUGUUGAAAUAAAAUUGAUUUCUUAUUCGAUGAUGGUAAUGUCAUUAAAUUAAAUUUAACUUCAACACCCCA